AUGAGGCCAAAUAUCAAAAUAAUAGAAGUAAGAGGAGAUGCUAAAAAUGUAAAUUUGGAAGAACCAACUGAUGAGACUUUAAAACAACUCAGCAGCAAUCAAGAGUUCAUAAGUAAAUUGAAAACUGUAUGUGAUUUAAAUCAUGUGAGAUUUAUUGAUGUUAAAAUGAGUCUUGGAGGUCUCUACCAUACCACUAGCAAAGGCAUGCAUCAUUAUAAUGACCAUUUUACUAUUAAAUUAACAUUUGGUACAGGAUGGAUAUUAAAUACAAAUAUUAACCUUGUUUAUUCUCAUCUAGGAGUUCAUGGUCAUGAUAAUGAAGUGGUUAUAUACUACAAUGAGUAA